AUGUCUGAGACACCUUUAAAGUGGCUUGUACUAAAAAGUGAAUAUCGUCAAACCCCUGCAGAGGAAACCAUUCAUCAGUACCCAGCCCCCUGGGCCCAGUUGGUCACAGCAAACAUCAUCCUGACAGUACCAGCUGCUGAUGUACACCACAUGGACAAUCCAGAGUCUGAACAAGUGAAUGCAAUAGCCAGACUGGCAGCAUUCCCAGCAACUUUUCCAAGGCCAGAGAGAAUGGUGGUUGAUGUCCAACUAUCUCAUGGUUGGAUGCAUUCUGCCUACCCACUCAUACAUCACUUGCAGUCAGUAGCAGAGAUUCAGCUCCUCCAAGCCAAUGGCCUCUGUGGUGCCAUUCAUGAGCUGGGCCACCAUCAGCAGCAACCUAAAUGGGAGUUUCCCCCUGACACCACUGAAGCAACCUGUAAUCUCUGGUCUGUCUCUGUAAAAGAGACUGUGCUGGGCAUCCCAAGAAAAAAGGUCCACGAUGCACUUGUGCCAGAACUUAGAGAGAAGAAGAUUGAAGAUUAUAUUGAAAAUGGAGCACAGCUGAAGGACUGGGAAGAAUUUACUGCCCUGGAGACAUACCUGCAGCUUCAGGAGGCCUUUGGAUGGGAAGCCUUCAUUGACAGCUUUUCUGAAUACCAAAAUAUUGAUGAGGUACCAGAUGAUAAUGACUCAAAAAUGAAUCUGUGGGCAGAAACUGUAGGAGAACAGCAGAAGAGCAGAUGCUGCGUGGGACAGAGGUGCCUGGUGGACUGCCUGAUACUGCUUGACCCUGAAAGGAACAGGGUGGUGUAA